AUGGUGACCUGGUUUGGGUGCAACACCAUCUCACUGUCCUUCCUGUGGAUGGUGCUGGCCCUCUUGGCAGGCGAAGCACUAUCGCGACCCAACUCAAAAGAUCCAUCGGACACGGUCAAGGUCAAAUGGCUUGAAGGCGCCCCCGGUUUCCACGCAGGAACAACAUUCGGGCUUCCGUGGCCUCAGGGGAAAUAUCACUUGAACGACACCCGCUUUACCAUAUCGGACGCGAAUGGCGACAUCCCUCUGCAAACGUGGGCAACCGGAUACUGGCGAGAUGGCUCGGUCAAAUGGACCGCACAUGCAAUCCCUGCACUUGACACCAUCGCGACGGAAUAUGCUGUCGAAGCCUGGAGGUCCUCACAUGCCCCCACUGCAUCUGCAGGCCUGUCAGUGCAGAAUGGAGGAGACCAAGUAACAGUCGACACCGGCAAGAUCAAAGUCGCCUUUCCUAAGAACGGAAACAGUAUCAUCGACUCCAUCACAACGUCGAGCGGAAAGGUGGUCGGGGAAGCGGGCAAGCUGGUGCUCCACACCCAGUCUAGCAUACCAGAUGACACCAUAUCCAAGGCCAAUGGCUCGAGUUUCCAAAGCCGCAUUGAUAAUAUCACAGUCGCCGAGGAGUCGUCGGUUCGCGCCCUGGUUACAGUCAGUGGUAACCACCAAGUUGUCGCGGGCGAAGACCACGAUGACUGGCUACGGUUCACCUUGCGUUUUUACCUCUACGCCAACUCCGAUACCAUCAGGGUAAUCCACAGCAUUGUCUUUGAUGGGAAACCCGACCAAGACUUUAUUACAGGACUGGGAAUCCAGUUCCAGGUUCCCCUCGGUGAAGAACAAUUGUACGAUCGCCACGUGAGAAUCCGUGGCGUGGGUGAUGGUUUCCUCCACGAAGCUGUUCAAGGCGUGACUGGCCUCCGUCGCGAUCCGGGAGAGGAAGUACGAACCGCCCAGUUUAGCGGGCAGAAAACGCCAAACAUCACCACCUGGGAUGAGAGGGUUUCUUCCAGAAUGCAGUGGAUUCCCGUGUGGAAUGAUUACCGUCUGAGCCAGUUGUCUCCGGAUGGAUUCACCCUUAAGAAGAGGACCAAGUCUGGCCAGGGGUGGGUCAAUAUCCCCGGUGGUACGCGGUCUGGCGGACUGGUGUACCUGGGCGGCGCCACUCAGGGCGGACUUUCCCUCGGGCUCCGUGAUUUCUGGAAGAGAUAUCCAACGGGCUUUGACGUCUCCGGAGCAGGCUCGGAAAAGGGACAGAUUACCCUCUGGUUAUACAGUUCUGAAGCAGAACCGUUGGAUCUAAGACCAUAUCAUGAUGGGAUGGGACAGGAUACGUACGAAAAGCAACUUGAUGCCCUGCAGAUCACCUACGAAGACUACGCGCCCAGUUUUGACACCCCUUACGGAAUUGCCAGAUCAAGCGAAAUCUUCAUUCGCGCCUACGAACAGACCCCUUCUGCAGACGACUUAACUCUUCAGGGUAGGAGCAUGGAUGAGCCGCCCGUGCUGAUCGCGGAUCCUAAUUAUCUCAAGUCAACCAAGGCAUUAGGAUCCUACUGGGGACUCCCGGAUACGUCUAAUGAAAAAGCCGCGACGAUCGAGAGCCACCUCGAUUUCCUGACGAAGUUCUACCAGGACCAAGUUGAUUAUCGCCGUUGGUACGGAUUCUUGGACUACGGUGAUAUCAUGCACACCUACGACGAGGAUAGACAUGUUUGGAGGUACGACAUCGGCGGCUAUGCCUGGGACAACUCCGAACUGUCGCCAGACCUGUUUCUCUGGCAAUAUUUCCUUCGCACUGGUCGGUCAGACGUUUACCGAUUUGCCGAAGCACUAACCCGCCACACUGGUGAGGUAGACGUGUAUCACAUUGGCGAUUGGAAAGGGCUUGGUACGCGGCACGGAGUUCAGCAUUACGGAGACAGCGCCAAACAGGUGCGCAUCACGCAACCACAAUAUCGCAAAUACUUCUAUUACCUCAGUGGCGGAGACGAACGUGUGGGCGAGCUCCUACAAGAAGCCCUGGACACAGACAAAACAUACGGAACUCUCGACCCUCAGAGAAAGGUCCGCGAGGAUGGCUGGACCCCGAAACCAGGUCAACCCGCCGCAAUCUCUCUCGGCACCGACUGGGCCGGCCUGGCGGGUGGAUGGCUGAUUGAAUGGGAACGUCGGGGCCCACGCUGGCAGGAAGCCCGGAUGAAGUUGACGCGCACGGCGCAAGGCAUCGCCGGUCUUAAGAAUGGGUUCGUCACCGGUUCGGGGCUAUACUCCAGCACCAAUGGAUCACUUCUUCCUCCACCAACUGAUCCCAGUAACAGGGGGGUCGUGUCCAUCUCUCAUCUCAACGCGGUGUUUGGCCUUCCUGAGGUCAUGUCCGAACUGCUGGAGUACUGGGGCAAAGAUGCACCCCAAGGGCUCAAAGACGCAUGGUUGGAUUAUUGUUACUACUAUGGAGCGCCGGCAGAAGAGCAGAAGGCGCGGUAUGGGGAAGCUUUCAGCGGUAUAUCACUCGUCCAGGGCCAUUCUCGCCUGACAGCGUACGACGCAAGUCAGCGCGGGAAUGCCACUGUCGCCCAACGGGCCUGGGAGGAGUUCACCGGUAGUGCUGAUGGCUCCGAUGACCUGACGGAAGAUGACCCCUGGACGGCGGAGCGGGUGAACGGAAGUGCCGUUCUGAUUCCGGUGGAUGAGGCCACUUGGGUCUCUACAAACGCCAUGGCGCAGUACGGGCUCGCUGCGAUCCAGAAUUUGGCGCUCGUCGGGGAUGCCUUGCAAAACUCGUAA